AGCCAUACCGUCUCAGAUCAGCCAGAAAGAUAGGUUUAUUCAUUCACCACCUCUGCCCGUGCCUACCUUGUGCCACGCACUGGCCGGAGAUGUGCCGGACCUGACAUUCUUACGGUGGGGGAAGGGGCGGGCAAGCAAGAUGAUUUCAGAUCAGUGCUAUGAAGAAAAUGAAGCCGGGUGAUAAUUUGGGGGCGGGGGAGUUGCUCCUUAAGCUGGAGUGCUCAGGAACGGCCUGGCCUAGGAGACAGCACUUGAUUCAAGACCAGAAUGAGAAAAAACCAGCCUUCUCUGGAGCCAGUGCAAAGACCCAGAGGCGGGACUCCAGGCUGGCUGCGAUCCUGGGCGGGGCCACCACUUUGUGGGAGGAGCCUGGAAGGGACUUCUCCAGACUGAGGCUCCUCCAGACCCAGAGCCUCAAGCCCUGAGCCUGUACCGUGUCCUGGUCCCCUGGGAGUGACUCUUGCCUGUGGCUGAAAGCGACUCUUUGUUUCCAGGCGUCUUUCUAGACUUUUUGGACCUGGAGGUUGUGCCAUGUGGUUACCUGUAUGGAAGACUGUAAUUUUCCACUUGUUCCCUGGAGGACCCGGAAAUCUCUAGGUGUUGUCACCGCUGUUUUUCUUAAGUCAUUUGUGAAAUUUCAGCUUGGAAGACAGAUUCAACGUGUGCUUUGCGGGAAGGGAAAGCCUGCCUGGGCACACCUCUUAGAUGCCAGCCCUGGCUGAGAGGUCCCCUGAUCUGGCCAGAAGCGGCACCUGGGUGCACACCAUCCUUGGGGAUGAGCCUCUGUGGUCUCGGACUUCUCAGUGACAACCUCGGCAAGAUCCUGGGCCGGGCCAGAGGAUCUGCUCUGUGGAGGCCCCGCCAUCCUCAAAAGCUGGAUCUUGCUCCUGGGCACCUGCUGUCCAGACCUGGGGCAGCCGAGAGGCCAGGGCACCCAUCGCCAAGGUCCCAUCUGAUGCCAAGGCUGAAGGAGUCUCGCUCCCACGAGUCCCUGCUCAGCCCCAGCAGCGCGGUGGAGGCUCUGGACCUCAGCAUGGAGGAGGAGGUGGUCAUCAAGCCCGUGCACAGCAGCAUCCUGGGCCAGGACUACUGCUUCGAGGUGACAACAUCAUCAGGAAGCAAGUGCUUCUCCUGCCGGUCAGCAGCCGAGCGGGAUAAGUGGAUGGAGAACCUGCGGCGUGCGGUGCACCCCAACAAGGACAACAGCCGGCGUGUGGAGCACAUCCUGAAGCUAUGGGUGAUCGAGGCCAAGGACCUGCCGGCCAAGAAGAAGUACCUGUGUGAGCUGUGCCUGGACGACGUGCUCUAUGCCCGCACCACGGGCAAGCUCAAGACGGACAAUGUCUUCUGGGGCGAGCACUUUGAGUUCCACAACCUGCCACCCCUGCGUACUGUCACCGUCCACCUGUACCGGGAAACUGACAAGAAGAAGAAGAAGGAACGCAACAGUUACCUGGGCCUGGUGAGCCUGCCCGCCGCCUCGGUGGCUGGGCGGCAGUUCGUGGAAAAGUGGUACCCAGUGGUGACGCCUAACCCCAAGGGCGGCAAGGGCCCCGGGCCCAUGAUCCGCAUCAAGGCGCGCUACCAGACCAUCACCAUCCUGCCCAUGGAGAUGUACAAGGAGUUUGCCGAGCACAUCACCAACCACUACCUGGGGCUGUGUGCAGCCCUCGAGCCCAUCCUCAGUGCCAAGACCAAGGAAGAGAUGGCGUCGGCCCUGGUGCACAUCCUGCAGAGCACGGGCAAGGUGAAGGACUUCCUGACGGACCUGAUGAUGUCAGAGGUGGACCGCUGUGGGGACAACGAGCACCUCAUCUUCCGGGAGAACACUCUGGCCACCAAGGCCAUCGAGGAGUACCUCAAGCUGGUGGGCCAGAAGUACCUUCAGGAUGCGCUAGGCGAGUUCAUCAAAGCGCUGUAUGAGUCGGACGAGAACUGCGAAGUGGACCCAAGCAAGUGCUCGGCCGCCGACCUCCCCGAGCACCAGGGCAACCUCAAGAUGUGCUGCGAGCUGGCCUUCUGCAAGAUCAUCAACUCCUACUGUGUCUUCCCCCGGGAGCUGAAGGAGGUGUUUGCCUCGUGGAGGCAGGAGUGCAGCAGCCGAGGCCGGCCCGACAUCAGCGAACGGCUCAUCAGCGCCUCGCUGUUUCUGCGCUUCCUCUGCCCGGCCAUCAUGUCACCCUCGCUGUUCAACCUGCUGCAGGAGUACCCCGAUGACCGCACGGCCCGCACCCUCACCCUCAUCGCCAAGGUUACCCAGAACCUGGCCAACUUCGCCAAGUUUGGAAGCAAGGAAGAAUACAUGUCGUUCAUGAACCAGUUCCUGGAACACGAGUGGACCAACAUGCAGCGGUUUCUGCUGGAGAUCUCCAACCCCGAGACCAUCUCCAACACCGCCGGCUUUGAGGGCUACAUCGACCUGGGCCGCGAGCUCUCCAGCCUGCACUCCCUGCUCUGGGAGGCCGUGAGCCAGCUCGAGCAGAGCAUCGUAUCCAAAUUGGGGCCCCUGCCUCGAAUUCUAAGGGACGUCCACACAGCACUGAGCACCCCGGGCAGUGGGCCGCUCACAGGGAGCAACGACCUGGCCUCCACUCCUGGCUCUGGCAGCAGUAGCAUUUCAGCUGGGCUGCAGAAGAUGGUGAUUGAGAAUGAUCUCUCUGGUCUGAUAGAUUUCACCCGGUUACCGUCUCCAACCCCCGAAAACAAGGACUUGUUUUUUGUCACAAGGUCCUCCGGGGUCCAGCCCUCACCUGCCCGCAGCUCGAGUUACUCGGAAGCCAACGAGCCUGAUCUUCAGAUGGCCAAUGGUGGCAAGAGCCUGUCCAUGAUGGACCUCCAAGACGCCCGCACGCUGGACGGGGAGGCGGGCUCCCCGGCGGGCCCUGACGCCCUCACCACGGACGGGCAGGCCCCUGCAACUCAGCUGGUGGCUGGGUGGCCAGCCCGGGCAGCCCCCGGGAGCCUGGCAGGGCUGGCCACAGUGCGGCGGGCAGGCCAGACGCCGACCACGCCGGGCACUUCGGAGGGCGCGCCCGGCCGGCCUCAGCUGUUGGCCCCGCUCUCCUUCCAGAACCCUGUGUACCAGAUGGCGGCUGGCCUGCCUCUGUCACCCCGCGGCCUUGGCGACUCGGGCUCCGAGGGCCACAGCUCACUGAGCUCCCACAGCAACAGUGAGGAGCUGGCGGCCGCUGCCAAGCUGGGAAGUUACGGCGGUGCCGCCGAGGAGCUGGGGCGACGGCCGGGCGAGCUGGCGCGGCGCCAGAUGUCGCUGAUGGAGAAGGGUGGGCAGCCCACCGUGCCGCGGCAGAACAGCGCCGGCCCCCAGCGGCGGAUCGACCAGCCGCCGCCUCCGCCUCCACCGCCACCUCCGGCCCCCCGGGGCCGGACGCCGCCCACCCUGCUCAGCACCCUGCAGUACCCGCGGCCCUCAAGCGGCACCCUGGCGUCGGCCUCUCCCGACUGGGCGGGCCCUGGCGCCCGGCUCCGGCAGCAGUCCUCCUCCUCCAAGGGCGACAGCCCGGAGCUGAAGCCGCGCGCGCUGCACAAGCAGGGCCCUUCACCCGUGAGCCCCAAUGCCCUGGACCGCACGGCCGCUUGGCUCUUGACCAUGAACGCGCAGUUGUUAGAAGACGAGGGCCUGGGCCCAGACCCCCCCCACAGGGAUAGGCUAAGGAGUAAGGAGGAGCUCAGCCAAGCAGAAAAGGACCUGGCAGUGCUGCAGGACAAGUUACGCAUCUCCAACAAAAAGCUGGAGGAGUAUGAGACCCUAUUCAAGUGCCAGGAGGAGACGACGCAGAAGCUGGUGUUGGAGUACCAGGCGCGGCUGGAGGAGGGCGAGGAGCGGCUGCGGCGGCAGCAGGAGGACAAGGACAUCCAGAUGAAGGGCAUCAUCAGCAGGUUGAUGUCAGUGGAGGAGGAGCUGAAAAAGGACCACGCAGAGAUGCAAGCAGCUGUAGACUCCAAGCAGAAAAUCAUUGAUGCCCAGGAGAAGCGCAUCGCCUCCCUGGACGCUGCCAACGCCCGCCUCAUGAGCGCCCUGACACAGCUGAAAGAGAGGUACAGCAUGCAGGCCCGUAACGGCAUCUCCCCCACCAACCCCACCAAAUUGCAGAUUACUGAGAACGGCGAGUUCAGAAACAGCAGCAAUUGUUAACCUGCCCGAGGAGAGGGAGGACUGUGGUGGCCCAGGGCAGGGCCCCAGCCUGGGGAGGAACACCCCACAGUUGCAGCCCCAGCGCAGGGGGCAAGAGGCCGAGGCUCGUCUCCCCGUGCCCUCCGCCCACGGUCCAGGAGGCGGCCACAGAGGGAGCCGAGAGACCAUCGCAGCGGGAGCCCGCCCCCCGCUUCCGCCUGAGAAGCGUGUUGGGUGCAGGCCGAAGAGACUGCACUCGGGGAGUGGGACAUCCUGGUGGGAGCAGGGGGCCGGCCAAAACAUGUCUCUGUUGGUUAUCGAA